AUGUCCUUCAGGAUAUCCCAACACAAGUUCUGUCCCAUAGAAGGUGAGGAUUCUGAAGAUGCUUUACCAGAUGUUCCCGAAGAUGACGAAAAUCUGAAGGAAGGAGACAGUGAUGGUAAAGAAGGAUGGUUGAGGAGUAUCUUCUCACUUUUGACCACAUCACCUUAUGACUUGCAUUUGAUUCUCAACGAGUAUUUUGAGAUAAUAGAUUGGGAUUUAAAGGCUAUAUCCGUUGCGAGACCUCUUGGAAACAUUCUGACGUUCGUGUUUUACGUUCUAAGAUUACUGCAGGACAAUUUGAUAAAGCCGAAUUACCACAAAAUAAGCAAAUCGACAGAUGCUUUCGAUAUUACGAAAUCAAGUACGCUGCGUGCACAUCAUGAACUUCUUCAGUAUCAAAGAUCAACCGCUGCAAAGUCAGCAUACCCCUCCGAUUGGUACUUUAAGAUGCUUGGCCGUUUGGACAAAAUUUUCAAAGUCUCAAUCCUCACACUAUUUUGCUUAAGCAUCUUCAUCAUGUACAGAUUUCUUUUUUCCAGAUAUAAGGUUUAUUCCAUGUUCUAUCUAAGAGCUAGACCCAAAUCAAAAAAUGUCACCAAGCGCUCAUUGGAGGAUUUGGGUUAUAAAUAUAUGGAGGAUCUUUCAAAAAGCUCGAUUUGGGGUAUGAUGAAAUUUACUCUAUUUGGUCGUAAGAAAAAUGCGAGUCAGCAGCCACACGGAGAGUAUUAUUAUCAGUUGAAAAAGUGGAACCCAAGUAAGUUCGUUACUGUUCUCUGCUGUUCAUUCUCGCCGACAUGCUUGACGUUUCUGCUGGUUACGGAAACCUCAUUCACGACUAUUUUGGGCAUUAUAGUUCACCAAUUCUUAUUUUACUUCAUUUUAUGUGAUCGUUGCAUUAAUAGAAUAGAAGAUGAACAAUGCCUCGCAAGUGCUAAUAUUGCAGAAAUAAAUGCGAAAAUUAUAAAACCCAGGGCAUCGGCUCUAACGCAAGACGCAAUGGUAGAUGCAACUCCAUUUGGUAAUGAGUACGUUCAAUUCUUUCCAUCUUACACGACAACCCGCUCGCAUAUUUUUCAAACACAUACUCUUACGGGUGAUGUAGUCACUGAACAAUACAACUCCACAAGGAACGCAUUUGAGGACGUCUCGUCGUCAUCAAAGGCAGAAAAUUACAUAAGACCGUCGAGAGAAAAUCAUUAUGGCUAUACGAAUACUCCUAGAAGUAAAUUCAUGAAUGGUGCAUCCGUUCGUCCAAUAUUUUUGAGCCGCCAGGUCAGUCCCAAUAGAGUCUCUACUCCUACCAAGGCUCUUUCUUAUGUUGCAUCUUCUUCAUCAGCCCCUUCUACUCCCGUCCUUCGGCCUACACAGGCUGCAUAUGCUGAUCACUCUUUGGUAGGGAAUACCUCGGGUAUUCGUGCCAAUUCAUCCUUCAGAGACAAUACAAGAACACAAAGAGCAAAUACGUACUCAAGACUGAGAAGAAAUUCGGUGAGCCCUUUAAAAACAAAUAACGUUCUAGCGCCAAUAUCUUCAAUCAGAUCCUCUCAGAGACAACCGUUGGGUGGUGAUAGCACAAUGUCCUUCAGCAUGGAACUGCCAGAUGAAGAAAUUCCGUUCGAAGAAGUUGCAAGGCGCGGGCGCAGAGUAAAUGGAAAUUUGUGCGUUCAAAAUAAUGGCACGCCGGUAGCUCGAGGCUCUGUAGUUUCCUCACGCAAUAGCAGUUUAAGUCCUUCCAAAAAUCAUCUAUCUUAUAGGCGCGACUCUACAGAUUCUAGGCCACCAUUUAGGUAG